GCGCAAGUAAACAAAGCAGGACGGACAGAAGUCAUGUCAGACUGGUCUCCUUCAGGUAGUCAGUGUGGUUUGUAAUGGGCGGACUGGUGUCCACUGUGUCGCUGUGUGUUACAGGUGGGCUCACACAGGUGGACUAGUCAGACAGGUUUGGGUCUGGAGAGCUUUUGUUCACUUUUUUCGGAGGGCGAUGAGACGAAUUGUAAAGUUACCAUGAAGAUAGUCACAGCCGCAGCGCUUCUACUACUGUGUUUAUGUGCGACAGCGGCAGUUUCGGGGAAUGGCUCUACCGAAACGGCGCUGACAGUCACACCGGGAGACGUCGCUCUGCUUUCGUGUUAUACCGACGGUAACGCAACACCGACGUUAACGGCGUGGAUGAAAAAUGGACGAGAAGUCAUUCGAGGUGGCGGCUCUUCACCGAGCCCUUCUCCCGACGGGCAGCGCCUUGCAGUGCUGCAUGAUGGGACUCUGAAGAUCACGAGGGUGAUACCUGGAGAUGAGGGCAGCUACCUGUGCAACACGUCGCUGCCAGGCAACAACACCUUUCGGGCACGUGUCCUGCUCCGAGUAACCAGUGGUCCAGAAAAUGUAUCUUCAUCCAUCGGUCCAGCCACUGCCCUGUCCAACGGGACGCUCAUCGCCUUUCGGGGUUCGACCGUCUCCUUCAACUGCUCCGGCGUCUCCUACCCGUCACAGCAGCUCACGUGGGCCUUCAGAGGAGCCGCGUCCAGCAACGAGUCUCUGGUUUCAACCUCUGGAUCCUGGCUGGACUUCAGGAUAGAGGACAUUCAGCCCAGUGCUCAGGGAGUUUACAGCUGCAGGGCCCACAACACCCUCUCUCACCAGGCAGUCAAUAAGAGCACACAGCUGCUAGUAUACUAUGUCCCAGACAGACACCCUGAGUGUUCGUGGGCACCAGCACAGGACCCCUCCCACUUCCAGUUCAUCUGCACCUGGUUUGGAGCGUAUCCCACCCCGACGCUGCGCUGGGGGGAAGACCAGGGUGAACAGGGAGCUAGCUGGAAAGGACACGUCUAUGUGUCAGAGGUGACGGACAGCCUGUCACUGACGCUGAACCGCUCCAUGCUGUUUGACGGGCAGACGCUGAGGUGCAUGCCGGGGCACCUAGCGCUCGCUCCAGGAAGGGAGAAGUCAUGUUCGUUUACCCUCAAGUCUCCAUACCCCGAAGGAGAGCCACUGGCCAUGGCUCAGGAGGCGACCAGUAUAACGCUAACCUGCACUGAGAUCGUGUCCACCCCCCCGGCAAACACCACCUGGAGAAAAGGGCUCCAGCAGGAGGAAAUUGUACCUGGAUCGAAGUACGUCCUGCAAAAGAACGACCCCGUCUUCAAGCUGACCAUACUCAACAUCAGCAAGGACGACGAAGGCUACUACUUCUGCCGCAGCGAGAACCCACUCGCCGUCCGUGAGCUGGAAGUCUACCUCACUGUGAGGACCUCCUCUGCUUACACAGGAGCGAUCAUUGGGAUCUUUAUAGCUGCGCUGAUUGUGGGAUCUGCCGCAGUCAUAGCUAAAACUGUUUAUUCCAGCCGACACCAAAUUUGCCUGGGAGGUGGCUUUGGGCCAAUGGAGGAGGACAGAGGAGACGUGCUGAGUCUGGUGGAGUCAGAUGACGAGCAGAUCUUUCAAGAUGCCGUUCCCCGGCUUCCUCCGUUAACCAACGGAUGCCAAACAACGCUUGUCCAGAUACAUCGAAUCCCAUCAAGUGAUCAUGAGGAUGAAGAAACUGCUGACUCAAGCCCACAGCAACAGGAAGAAACUGUACAGACAGAAGAGCCAGUAGCUCUUGUAACAUUUUAGUUAUUGGGUGCUUUUAUUGUUUUUUAUUUUAAGUAAAUACCAUUUAAUCCCAAUGAGAAUGUGAACAGAAUUGGUGGCAGACUCGAAUGUAAAAAAAUGAUCUCUUUUAAUUUGUUUUUUAAACAGGGUUUUGUAAGUUUAUUUCUAUGAUUGAUUUGUUUGUACAGAAUUUUGCAUAUGUUGCUCUGAUAUUGAGAUACAUGCAGUAAAUGAAGCUGUAAAAAUGU